GCCCACUUCCUUCCGCGCUCUGUGACGCAGGCUGGUGCCUGGUUGACUGUAAGAGGUGGUGAUGUCAGUGUUUAGGUGCUUGGUUCUUCGGGAAUGGAUUUAGAAGCAGCCUUCCAACUGGUGGGCGAGUUCGGGGUGCGCCAGAAGCGGAUGGUCGCCGUGCUAAUUUUGCUGCAGGUGUACAUGGCCUGCCAGUCGAUGCUCAUCGUGCUGGUUGGAGCCGAACCUCAGUACCGCGUCGAGAAAGGUGUGAAUCCCAUCAGCCAAGCAGAGCUCAGGCAACACGUCACUUUCACCGAAGAGAUCAGUUCCAUUGUGACUGAGUGGUUUUUAAUUAAGCAUCAAGCAUACAAGGUGAGCCUGGCUGGCUCUUUGUUUUUUGCGGGAGUGUUAAUCGGUAAUGUCCUUUUUGGGCCCCUUUCAGACAAGAUUGGAAGAAAACCAGUGUUUCUUGUAGCUUUGUUUUUCGAGGUGCUCUUUGGCUAUGCCACGGCAUUUGCCCCCAGUUAUGAAGUGUUUGCAUUGUCACGCCUAUUGGUGGGCAUCAUGAAUGGAGGAAUGGCUUUGGUGUGCUUUGUGCUUUCUCAGGAGUAUGUGGGCAAGUCCUACUGGGCAUUGACAGGGACCUUUACCAAUAUGACUUUUGCGGUGGGAAUUGCCCUCUUUGCAGCUCUUGGAUACUGUGUGAGACCAUGGCGGACUUUAGCAAUCACUGCUAAUUCUUCUGGAGUUCUGUUUUUCCUCCUUUGUGUGACCUUCCCUGAAUCACCACGGUGGCUGUACUCACGGGGUCGCAUGGAGCAGGCUGAACAGGUGCUGCAGGACCUAGCAUUGGCAAACGGGAAAGACCAGGUGGUUGUGAAACUCAGGCGAUCUGCAUGCCCAGCAGGGUUGUCCCACCGUGGCCCUAAUGCACUUGCUCUGGUGACCAACUCUGUGCUGCGCUGGAGGACGGUAGUUCUGAUGUAUGUAUGGUAUGCAUGCAGUUUGGUGUAUUACGGGCUGACAAUGAAUGGCAGUGACGAGACUGGGAAUCGUUACUUCCGCGUAGCAAUGUUUGGAUUGGUUGAGCUGCCAGCAUACCCUCUCUGUAUGUACUUCAUUAACAAACAGUGGGCUGGGAGGCAGAAAUCCAUGGCGAGCUUCCUGGCAUUUGCCGGAGUUUCCUGUUUGUUCACGACAUGGAUGCCAGUCCAUGAAGGGUCAUGGUUCAGUGCCACCUCUUUAGCUUUGAUUGGAAAGCUGAUGGUCAGUGCUGCUUUCAACAUUGUGUAUGUUUACACAUCAGAACUAUACCCAACAGUUAUCAGGAAUGCUGGCCUUGGGGUUUGUUCCAUGUCCUGUCGAUUUGGAGGCAUUUUAGCACCUUUUGUGCCCUCUCUGAGGGGUGUCCACCAGUCCAUGCCCUUCAUGGCGUUCGCUCUCACGGGACUCUCUGCCGGUGCCCUGGGCCUUCUGCUCCCAGAAACACUGAACAAGCCCAUUGCUGAGACCCUGGAGGAGCUGCAUAGCCCAACCUACCAGCGUGUCUUUGAGAAACAGGUUCUAUUGUUUGAGGAGACCACAACUUCACUUGAAGUGCCAGAAUGAAAAAUUCAGAUAAAAAUCAUCCUUGUUGUGGCAUUUGAAAAAACUAGUGCUAAGCAUUGUGCUGGAAUCGCUGUACAAGAUGGGACACCGUUGGAACACGGAUAUGGAAAUGGAAACCAUCUUUCAUGUCAGAGAUCACUAAGUCUCUAUUGAGCACACAAGUUCUGUACUGACAGACCUUUGGACUGUACUUAAGUCUGCUGUGCAGAUUGCCAGUUUAACUGAAUCUCACACAGUGCCUUCUGAAAACAUUACAACCUUUAUGUUGUGUAUAUCAUAAACCUAGGUGACUGUGGAUGGUAAAAUGUUGUAAAGGUUCCCCAGGCUGUCACUUCUACCAAAGCUGAUUGUUCUUCAUUACAUCCAUGUUGUUGCCUGACCUCUUCUUCAGUACAUUCUGAUUCUUAAAUAUAAAUACAAGUAUAUGUGUGUGUGUGUGUGUAUAUUUUUUGAUUUGCUGGUCAAAUCCUGUGCUGCUGAAUAGGAAAUGUUCUA